AUGGGCGUUCCAGCAUUUUUCCGAUGGCUCAGUCAAAAAUAUCCCUCCAUAGUUGUUCACUGUGUUGAACAACGUGGAAGAAUAAUUGACGACGAUGGUAAUCGAGAACCUCUAGAUAUAUGCGGACCAAAUCCCAAUGGUGAGGAAUUUGAUAAUCUCUAUCUUGACAUGAACGGUAUUAUCCAUCCUUGCACUCAUCCUGAAAAUAAGGCUGCGCCCAAGAAUGAAGCCGAGAUGUUUGUCGCAAUCUUCGAGUACAUUGAUCGCAUUUUUGCUGUUGUUCGUCCCCGUCGCCUACUAUAUAUGGCGAUUGACGGAGUUGCUCCUCGUGCCAAAAUGAAUCAACAGCGUUCACGCCGUUUUCGUGCUGCUAAAGAAGGUCACGACAAGGAGUUAACAAUGGAUCGUUUACGCGCAGAACUCACUGCAAAGGGCGCGAAGUUACCUCCACCAAAACAGGCUGCAGAACGUUUUGAUUCAAAUUGUAUCACUCCAGGUACUCCCUUCAUGGAAAGACUAGCUCUUGCUUUACAAUAUUACGUUUACGACCGUCUAAAUAGCCAUCCAGCUUGGAAGAAUCUUCAAGUCAUUCUUAGUGACUCAAAUUCUCCUGGUGAAGGGGAGCACAAAAUCAUGGAUUUCAUCCGUCGUCAACGCCAAGCACCUACUCAUGAUGCCAAUACUCGCCAUUGUUUGUGUGGUGCUGAUGCGGAUUUGAUUAUGCUUGGUCUAGCAACUCAUGAGCCACAUUUUACUAUUAUCAGAGAGGAGUUCAAGCCUAAUCAACCCAAGCCCUGUGAGUUGUGCGGACAGUACGGACAUGAAAUGACUGAUUGUGUCGGUGCUCCUUGUGAUGACUUUGACAAACCUCCUGUCAUGCCUCCAGGAGCUGAUGUGGAGUUCAUUUUCAUUAAACUGGCAGUUCUGCGGCAGUAUUUGGAACAAGACUUGCAGAUCCAAAAUCUAUCCUUCAACUGGGAUUUGGAGAGAGUGAUUGACGAUUGGGUUUUCAUGUGCUUCUUUGUGGGAAAUGAUUUCCUUCCGCAUUUACCCAGUCUGGAGAUUCGAGAGGGGGCUAUUGAUCGAUUGAUCAACCUCUACAAGUCUGUUGUAUGUGAUACUGGUGGAUGGCUCACGGAUUCUGGUCAUGUGCACUUGGAUCGCGUACAAUUGAUCAUGACCGAAUUGGGCAAAGUAGAAGAUGAGAUCUUCAAAUCGCGUCGUCAGGACGAUUUAUCUGGCAGAGAGCGUCGCAAACGUCAGAAAAUAGGCAAUCGACACUCCUGGAACGCACCAACAUCUGGAGUACUGGCUCCCUCACCAAUUGGCGGUAGGGUUGAAGUACGUCGAAUGAACAGCGUCUCCGCGGCAGACAUCCAUGAAGCUCGUAGGCAACGUCAACCGAAUGUCAAGUGGGUUGAACAGUGUCUGGAGAAUCAAGAAGCAGCUGUAUCAUUGCGUGCUAUGCUCAAGUCUUCGAUAACUGGGUCUAAGAGGAAGAGAUCUGAAGGAGAAAGUGACUCAGCAGAAGACCCAUUACGGAAAAAAAGGCGAAAGGGUAUUCUGGGAGGCUUUGAUGCUGCCGAGGUACAGCCAUCCACAGCAGAAGAGGACCCGGAAGAAAAGGCGGAUCAGUGUGAUGAGGUUCGACUUUGGGAAGAUGGUUGGAGAGCACGUUACUACCAGUCCAAAUUCGGAGUUGAUCCUGCUGAUGCUCCGGAGUUCUGCAUCAAGGUGGCCCAUGAAUACGUCAUUGGCUUGUGCUGGGUUCUUGCCUACUACUAUCAAGCAAGUCUUUAUUUACGUGGGUGUGCAUCAUGGGAUUGGUACUUUCCUUAUCACUAUGCACCAUUCGCAAGUGAUUUUGUGGAUAUUGCUAAAGUUGAUAUUGGCUUCUCCAAGAAGAAAACCAAGCCCUUCUGCCCUCUCGAACAGUUGAUGAGCGUUUUCCCAGCCGCUUCCCGCAGCCACGUUCCUCCAGCUUGGCAGAGUCUAAUGACCGAUCCAGACUCACCAAUUAUCGACUUCUAUCCUACCGACUUCAAAGUGGAUCUUAAUGGAAAGCGCUUCGCUUGGAUGGGCGUUGCCCUGCUGCCUUUCGUCGAUGAAGUUCGUUUGUUAAAAGCCCUUGAUGAUCGUCGUUCUAAGUUGACUGAUGAGGAGCGACAUCGCAAUUUGAGACGUCCAGCGCUUUAUUUUGCUCACGCGGAGUCUGAGAUUGGUAAAACCCUCACUGCCAUUUACUCAAAGCAUUCAGAUAAUGCUUCAUGUGAGGUGAUGAAUUACUCUGGAGAUGCACCUUCUGAUGCAGUUAUAAUCAAUUCAGGUCUGACAGAAGGCAUCUCUGGACAUGUUUGGUCAGUUGUUGGAGCCACGAGGGCUUGUCUUCCUGGAGAAAAGAUGCCUUCGGGUGUACCAGGUCUAUUACCAGAUAUUCCAGCCUCAGAACAACAAGCUAUAUGUGUAUACUAUGAGAAUCCACCCUAUCCAUUCGGUCACGUCUUUCCCGCACGGCUACUGGAUUCUGUAAAACUCCCUCCAAAGGGUGACCUUCGACCCCCAAAUAGGGGUCGUGGUAGAGGGGGUUUUCGGGGUGGUGGUAACCGUGGGGCUAAUGGUUCACCAAGCCCUAGUAGCUGGGAGUGUGGUAGAACCAACUGGGGAUCAGGUCAAACUCCUAUGGAGAGAAUGAUUAGACGAUCGCUUCCCCACCAUCAGUCUCCUUCCCGGCUGGGCGGCUACGACAAUCCGCACCAGCAAGGUUCGUAUGCAAACUACCAUCAACAAAGCAGCUACCCACCUGUUUAUCCCCCACCCUCUGAGUUAUUUGCCAACCCCUACGGAAGCCAUCUACCACAGCCCGGAGAUAAUUAUGGAUGGAAUAGGCGUGGUGGAAGGGGUGCUCCCCGACCCUACUAUCGUGGAAAUGGCAGCCGUGGAGAUAAUUGGUCACAUAGAGGUCACCGUGGUGGAGCUAAUGAUAGAAGCGGAGGUGGGGGGUAUUAUAGACAAUAA